AGUGAACCCCGAUGGCUUCUACACCUGCUUCGCAGCCUUCUGCUAAGAAAACCGUGGCCUCUCAGGUGCCUUUUGCGCAUCUGUGCUGUACUCUGGAGCGAAUGCAGACUUGUAAAUCUCGGCCGGAGAAGACAAAGUAUUUCAAGGAUUUUUUGAAUUCCUGGAGGAGGUUCCACGAAGCUCUUCAUCAAAAGGAGAAAGAUGUCACCGAUUCUUUUUACCCAGCAAUGCGACUUAUUCUUCCGCAGUUGGAAAGAGAAAGGAUGGCUUACGGGAUUAAAGAGACCAUGCUUGCAAAGCUCUAUAUUGAACUGCUUAAUUUGCCCAAAGAUGGAAGAGAUGCUGCAAAGCUUUUAAAUUACAGAACACCUGCUGGCUCACGUGGAGAUGCUGGAGAUUUUGCACUGAUUGCCUACUUUGUCUUAAAACCUAGAUGCCCAAGACAAGGUAGACUGACAAUAGAGCAAGUCAAUGAGCUCUUAGAUGCAAUAGCUAAUAAUAAUUCUGCCAAAAACAAGGGUCUGUUAAAGAAAAGUCUCCUUCAGUUAAUUACUCAGAGCUCCGCACUUGAACAAAAAUGGCUUAUCCGCAUGAUUAUAAAGGAUCUGAAACUUGGUGUUAGUCAACAAACUAUAUUUUCCAUUUUUCAUCCCGAUGCUGCUGAAUUACACAAUGUCACAACGGAUUUGGAAAAAGUCUGUAGAGAACUGCAUGAUCCCACUGUCUCACUUAGUGAUGUUUCCAUCAUGUUAUUUUCUGCCUUUAAACCAAUGCUUGCUGCUAUUGCUGAUGUCCAGCAAAUAGAAAAACAAAUGAAUAAUCAGGUAUUCUACAUAGAAACUAAACUGGAUGGUGAACGUAUGCAAAUGCACAAAGAUGGAGAUGUUUAUAAGUAUUUUUCCCGAAAUGGGUAUGACUACACUCAGCAGUUUGGUGCUUCACCCCUUGAAGGUUCAUUAACUCCAUUUAUUCAUAAAGCAUUUAAAAGCAACGUGCAAAAUUGCAUUCUUGAUGGUGAAAUGAUGGCUUACAAUCCUGAGACUCAAACGUUCAUGCAAAAAGGAAACAAAUUUGAUAUAAAAAGAAUGGUGGAGGAAUCUGACCUGCAGACCUGCUACUGUGUGUUUGAUGUGUUAAUGGUUAACAAUCAGAAGUUGGGUCAUGAAACGCUAAGCAAAAGGUAUGAGAUCUUGAGUGACAUAUUUACCCCAGUAGCAGGUAGAAUACAUGCUGUACAUAAAACAAGUGCCAGAACAAGAAAAGAAGUAAUCGAUGCUUUAAAUGAAGCAAUAGAUAACAGAGAGGAAGGAAUUAUGGUGAAAGAUCCCACGUCCACUUACAAGCCUGACAAACGUGGGGAAGGCUGGCUAAAAAUCAAGCCAGAAUAUGUUAGUGGGUUGAUGGAUGAGCUGGACCUUCUGAUCGUUGGCGGUUACUGGGGAAAGGGCUCGCGCGGUGGAAUGAUGUCUCAUUUUCUGUGCGCUGUUGCGGAAACUCCACCUCCAAAUGAAAAACCUAGUGUUUUCCACUCUAUCUGCCGUGUCGGCUCUGGCUAUACUAUGAAGGAAUUGUAUGAUCUAGGUUUGAAACUGGCUAAACACUGGAAGCCCUAUCGUAGGAAGGACCCUCCGUGCAACAUUUUGUGUGGAACUGAAAAACCUGAAGUAUACAUUGAACCUUGUAACUCUGUAAUAGUUCAGAUUAAGGCAGCUGAGAUUGUCGACAGUGAUAUGUAUAAAACUGACUGUACAUUGAGAUUCCCCCGAAUUGAGAGAAUAAGAGAGGACAAGGAAUGGUAUGAAUGCAUGACUUCAGACAUUCUAGAGCAUCUCAGAAGCAAAGCAGAAGGGAAACUGGCCUCUAAACACCUUCAUAUAGACGAUGACGAUGAGCCUCAAGAGAAAAAAAAGAAAACUGUACCGAAGGUGAAGAAGAUAAUUGGGAUAGCUGAACAGUUUAAAGCACCUGAUCUUUCUAAUAUAAACAAGGUUUCAAAUGUAUUUGAAGAUGUUGAAUUUUGUGUUAUGACAGGAACAGCAAGACAUUCGAAGUCUGAGUUAGAAAGCAGAAUAGCUGAAUGCGGUGGCAGUGUGGUACAGAACCCUAGACCAGACACGUAUUGUGUUAUUGUAGGAACGGAGAAUGUCCGAGUGAGAAACAUCAUUGCUUCCAACAAAUACGAUGUGGUCAAGGCAGAGUGGCUCCUCCAGUGUUUUCAAGCCAAAAUGCUUGUACCUUGGCAGCCUGCCUUUAUGAUUCACAUGUGUCCUGACACAAAAGAACAUUUUGCUCGUGAGUAUGAUUGUUACGGAGACAGCUACACAGCAGAUGCAGAUGUUGCACAACUAAAGGAAGUGUUCUCAAGAAUGAAAGAUGAUAAGAAGAUGAUGCCUUUGGAUGUGAUUGCUGAAUUAGAAGAACGUUACUCAUGGAAUAGCUGCCAACUCAGUAUAUUCAGAGGAAACACUAUUUAUGUGGACUGUUAUGCUGUUGUUAAUGAGCCCAGAACAAAAAUCCAUGGAACAAGACUAUCAAUUAGAGCCUUGGAGCUCCGAUUUUAUGGUGCAAGAGUAGUCCCACACUUAGAAGAGGGAGUGUCCCAUGUCCUUAUAGGAGAAGACCACUCCCGGGUAAAAGAGAUGAAAGCGCUGAGGAGAACAUUUGCUAAAAAGUUUAAAAUGGUCUCUGAGCUGUGGGUAACUCAUUCAAUAGAGGAAGGACUACCAAAGAAUGAAAAUCAAUACCUAAUCUAAAGUAGUUU